GGUCUACCUUCUGCCAUUGAGAAGGAUUUUAGUGAGCUAAUCUCCGCGCCCUCUAGGACCCCUCUAGUUUCCCUUGUGUGCGCGUUACGUUCGUCUGCUAAAACAAUUAUUGGAUUCAAAUAUGUCAAAAUCUGCAAGAUCAUCAACAAAUAGUGAAAGACCGUUACAGAUCCGUGAUUAUAGCAAACAGAUUUACACCAUGGAGACUAAUUCAGAUAACAGUACUGGUGGUCCAUUUAUCAUUGAUGAAUACAACUUGGCCUUAUGUGCCAUUGUUACCGUGGCAAUGCAGACGUCUUUCUUCAUUAUAGCAGCAACAUGCAAGUUUGACAAGGUCACAGAUUUUGCUGGGGGAACCAACUUUGUCGUCUUAGCAUUACUCUCAUUCUUGCUAGCUCAGACGUAUGGUGUGCGUCAGAUAGUGGCGACUGUUCUAGUGUGCUUGUGGGGGAUUCGUCUAUCAGGAUAUCUCUUGUAUAGGAUCAUAAAGAUAGGCGAAGACAAACGAUUUGAUGACAAACGAGAGAAUUGCCUCAAGUUUGCAGGUUUCUGGAUAUUCCAGGCUGUAUGGGUCUUCACUGUAAGUCUCCCACUCAUCUUCAUCAAUGCUAAGAAAUACAACGAGGGAACUUCUUUUGAGGCCCUGGACUACGUAGGGACAGCCCUGUUCAGUCUUGGUCUAAUUAUCGAGACCAUUGCUGACCAACAGAAGUUCAAUUUCCGCAACGACCCAGCCAACAAAGGGAAAUGGUGUCAAGCAGGUUUGUGGAGCUGGUCUAGGCAUCCAAACUACUUUGGUGAGAUCAUGCUAUGGUGGGGUAUGUUCAUCAUGAGCUGUAGUGUAUUAACUGGUGUUGAAUGGAUUGCUGUAUUAGGCCCUCUAUUCAUCUCGCUUAUUCUACUAACCUUGAGUGGCAUCCCCCUACUGGAAAAGAGUGCUGAUGAAAGAUAUGGACAACUUGAUUCCUACGUAAUCUUCAAGAAAUCAACCAGUCCAUUACUCUUGUUUUGGCCACGCCUCUACCAGGUUCUGCCCUCAGCCGUCAAGUGUCUCUUCUGCUGUGAGUUUCCAUUCUAUAACAACAUUGGUAAGACCUCUCCCGACCCUGAGGGCGCUACUCCCAAUGAAGGAACUGGAAUAGCAAGAGCUUGAAUCAACUCAAAAGAAAUUUAUUUUCCUAUCACAUCUAUGCAAGGUAGUGUGAGCAGUAAGGAUGGAACCUAAUGUGUGCCUUCACAUCCCUUAAGCUUAUUAUUUCUGUCUUUUUAGAAAGACAAGGUCAACAAAUAUUUAUAAGUUUGAAAUAGUUAGAUUGGUCCCCACAGGUGAAUUAUUUCUACGGAAAAAAGAAGAAAAAACAUUGCUCAAAGAGGGUCAGAGGUGCUUUUUCCGCAGGACUAGAACAUAAAAA